CCAGCAGGUGGCAGUGUGAAAUAUUUCUGUGAAGACAACUCUUAUCUCCAAAGAAGACGAAUAAACAGCUUUACAGCAAGUCUGGAAGGGCCCAAGAAAAUGGGUUUGUCUGAAGAAUUCCCAGAGCUUCCCAGUGGUCCUUUAGAUGUAUACAGAAAAAGGGCAUCAUUCAACUGGAAGGAAAUGCUGAGGUUCAUUGAGGGUGAGGAAAUCAUUGCUUUCAAGCAGCACAUUUUCCACACCAUAGAGAACGACCCACUCUUUGCCAGGCAGCCGGGUGAGGACAUCUCACUGGAACGGAGGAGAGAGCUCACUUUUCGCCGCUGCAAACAGCUGUUUAAGUACAACUUCCUGACCCAGGAUGAGAUGAUGCAGAAUCCAUGGAAGCUGACGGUCCUCAAUGACUGCCUGGGCAUGUACGACUGGUCAUUAGGGGCCAAGCUCUUCCUCAACAUAGGGAUGUUUGCACAUACUGUGGCUAGCUCUGGAUCUGAGAGGCACGUCAAAUUUGUGCAGGAUGCUGAAGAUAUGACGAUAUACGGAUGUUUUGCGCUGACAGAACUGAGCCAUGGCAGCAACACGAGGCUCAUGAGAACAACAGCUACAUAUGACCCCAGCAGCCAGGAGUUUGUAAUAAACUCCCCAGACGUUGAGGCAGCAAAAUUCUGGGUUGGAAACCUCGGGAAAACUGCCACCCAUGCCAUUGUGUUUGCCCAGCUUUACACGUCUGAUGGUGUCUGUCAUGGCCUGCACUCUUUUGUGGUUCAGGUUAGAGAUCCCAAAACAUUGCUGGCAAUGCCAGGAGUAAUGGUUGGAGACAUAGGAAAGAAACUGGGCCAAAAUGGACUAGACAACGGUUUUGCAGUUUUCCACAACGUGAGGAUCCCUCGGGAAAAUCUGCUCAACAGUACUGGAGAUGUGACGCCUGACGGACAAUACGUGACCCCUUUCAAGGACCCUAAUAAACGCUUUGGGGCCUCACUUGGUGCCUUGUCUGGAGGACGAGUGUCCAUAACGAGAAUGGCAGUGGUCAGUCUGAAGUUGGCUUUGACGAUCGCCGUGCGUUUCUCAGCUACACGACGCCAGUUUGGGCCUAAAGAUGAUGAAGAGAUACCAGUACUGGAGUACCAGCUACAGCAAUGGAGACUUAUACCAUAUGUGGCAGCGGUCUAUGCGCUGGACCUGUUCUCCAAAUCCUUUUACAUGAACUUUGUGGAGUUUCAAAUUGGUCUCUUGAUGAAGGACAGCAGUGACAGACAGGCUGAGCUGGGUAGAGAGAUUCAUGCCAUGUCAUGCGCCAGUAAGCCUCUGGGUGCGUGGACGGCUCAGAGGGGCAUUCAGGAAUGCCGUGAAGCCUGUGGAGGGCAUGGAUACCUGGCCAUGAACCGCCUCGGAGACAUCCGUGAUGACAAUGACCCGAACUGCACAUACGAGGGGGACAACAACGUCCUUCUGCAACAGACUAGCAGUUACCUGCUUAGCCUGCUCCAGCACCAGCAGCAAGGUAAAGGAAGGAUUGAGUCUCCUCUGGAGACAGUGUACUUCCUGGACAACUGGAAAACAAUUCUGGAAAGCAGGUUCACAGCUGCCUCAGUAGAGGAGUGCAUGGACUCAGCAGUGCCUCUGGCAGCAUAUAAGUGGCUGGUAUGUUUCUUGCUGGGAGAGAGUCAGAGGAAGCUGAGCGAGCAGAGAGCUCUGGGGAUGGGAGAGUUUGAGGCACGCAACAACAGCCAGGUGUAUUACUGUCGCUCGUUGGCGAUAGCCUACAUUGAACACACAGUUCUGCAGCGCUUCCAUGAUGUGACUAGUGAUGACCAAACUCCACCAGGUGUCAGAUCAGUUCUGAGGAGGCUGUGUGCUCUGUAUGGCCUCUGGACCCUCACCAACCAUAUGGGCAUCCUCUACCAAGGAGGCUAUUUGUCUGGAAAAGAUCCUGCUGACUUCAUGCAGAAUGCUAUCCUCAGUCUCUGUAGACAGCUCAAAGAUGAUGCUGUGGCUUUGGUUGACGUAAUCGCUCCUCCUGACUUUAUUCUGAACUCACCCAUUGGCAACGCUGAUGGUGAGCUCUAUAAGAACUUGUGGGCCGCUGUCAUUCAGGGAAAGAACGCUCUGGAACGUCCGUCUUGGUGGGCGGAGUUCUGCGCCGACAAGCCGGUAGUGGGAUCCCUCCGAGCCAAGCUCUAAUGUCCAGAGCAGGUCUGAUGGGUCCUCCUAGAAGUUCUACCUUGGCAUAAUGUCCAAACACCGGAACUAAAUGUUAAGAGGGGAAAAACCUUUCAUCACACCUCUUGUUUGUUAUGAUUAGGAAGAAUAUUGUAGGAUUAUACAUUUUACAGACCACCAAAAAGCAAUGGCAUUAGAUCUGGUUAAAAAAAAAAAUGAUGAUGCAGAUGAUGAUGAUGAUGAUGAUGAUGAUGAUGAUGAUGAUGAUAAUAAUAAUGAUAAUAAUAAUAAUGAUGCAUUGUUGUUUUGUGCCUUAAAACAAAUCCUAUAGUGAGUUUUAUGUGUUUUAAUUUAUCAUGUUGAUAAUUAUAUUAAAUUGAUGUAUAUUUAAGUAAAUUUAAGAUCUACUAUGAUCAGCUGUGAUAUUUGUGCAAUAGUGUUAGCUGUAUAAGAGACACAUUUUGUAUAACAUACCUGCUCUUAUCCGAAUGUUACAGCAGUAAAUUAUGCUAACACUUGUAUAAAAAAAAAAUUUUUUUUUUAAAUGUUAAAUCGUAAAAACAAUUACAAAAGCUUUUCAUAUUCUAUCAUUUGCAUGGUUUCUGUAAUUUACUGUACUACAAUGGCAUUUAUAUAUAAACAAAAAUUGUUUGAAAAAGCA